GUGACUUUAUGAAGCAAGUGGCGUGCUCCAGCCUGUCAAUCACAGGGGAAGCAGCAGCAUGGCGAAGUGGAAAGGAGCAGGCUCCCUGAGCCCGGGACACCAACAAUUGCCACGGUGGAGCCUCAGUACUUCAGCAGGGCGGCGAGGGCCAGUUGUGGGAGUCCUCCAUCUAUUUAUUAUGGUCUGUUCCCACGUAGCGGAGGGGACGACAGAAGCAUUUAUCCAGUCAGAAAACAUAAUUGAGAUUCUCCACUUUGGUGAAGGAGGCUUGUUACAGAUGGACUCCGACUUGAGCCUCGGUUCAUAUCAACAGAAAGCUGCCUCCUACCAUCGGGGUAAUUGCAGACCUAUUCGGUUUGAACCACCGAUGUUGGAUUUCCACGAACAGCCAGUGGGAAUGCCAAAAAUGGAAAAAGUAUACUUGCACAACCCCAGCACAGAAGAUACAAUCAUUUUAGUAUCAAUAUCAGCAACAACAUCACACUUUCAUGCAUCAUUUUUUCAAAAUAGGAUUAUUCCACCUGGAGGAAACACUUCCUUUGAUGUAGUUUUUCUUGCCAGAGUAGUGGGAAAUGUAGAAAAUACUUUAUUUAUUAAUACAUCACUUCAUGGGGUAUUUACAUACCAGGUGUUUGGUGUUGGAAUACCAAAUCCGUAUCGCUUGCGCCCAUUUAUAGGGGCAAGAGUUCCUGUAAAUAGCAGUUUUUCACCUUUAAUAAAUAUACACAAUCCUCACAGUGAACCUUUACAGGUAGUCGAAAUGUAUUCAAGUGGAGGAGAUCUGCACUUAGAACUUCCAACAGGUCAACCAGAAGGCCCUAGAAAAUUAUGGGAGAUUCCACCCUAUGAAACAAAAGCUGUGAUGCGAGCCAGCUUCUCUUCAAGAGAAGCAGAUAAUCACACAGCAUUCAUCAGAAUAAAAACAAAUGCAUCAGACAAUACAGAAUUUCUCAUUUUACCUGUUGAGGUGGAAGUUACAACAGCACCUGGAAUUUAUUCCUCAACAGAAAUGCUAGAUUUUGGCACAUUACGGACUCAAGAUCUUCCAAAAGUUUUAAACCUUCAUUUAUUAAAUUCAGGAGCAAAAGAUGUACCAAUAACAAGUAUUAAACCAACUCCUCCAAAUGAAGCUGUUACAGUAGACUUUAGGCCAAUUACACUGAAGGCAUCAGAAACUAAAUAUACCAAAGUUGCAAGUAUUAUAUUUGAUGCUUCGAAAGCAAAAAGCGCAUUGCAGUUUUCUGGGAAAAUAGUGGUGAAGGCAAAGGAGAAAAAUUAUUCAAAACUUGAAAUUCCAUACCAAGCAGAAGUGUUAGAAGGGUACUUGGGUUAUGAUCAUGCAGCAACACUUUUUCAUAUCAGGGACAGCCCUACAGACCCAGUGGAGAGGCCAAUAUAUCUAACAAAUACAUUCAGUUUUCCAAUCAUUAUACACAAUGUUUCUUUGCCAGAAGAUGCAAAGACCAUGUUUAAGAUUAAAAACUUCAGUAUGCCAGUUUCUGUUCCUCCCCACAAAGCGCUCUACAUAUUUUCGCUCCAUUUUGUGGCUACCACUUCUUCCAUUCAUAUAGACAGCAACAUUUUGCUUGUUACAAAUGCAUCAAAAUUCCACCUCCCUGUGCGAGCCUAUACAGGGUUUUUAGAUUACUAUGUACUUCCACCAAGUUUAGAAGAACGCAUCAUAGACUUUGGCAUGUUGAGUGCUGCAGAAGAUGGCAGUAUUAUUUUUGUCAUUAUGAAUAGCAACCCAAUUGAGCUGGCAGUAAAGGGCUGGUAUGUAGUGGGAGACGGCCUUAAUAUUGAAUUGCUGAUUGUCGAGAAAGGCAACAGGAGUGUAAUUUCCAGCGUUUCUGAUUUGGAAAAAUUGUCGCCAACAGAACAAUCUUCUGUGAUAUUAGCAUCUGGUUAUUAUGCAGUGUUUAGGAUGAAGUUGACUGCAAAAGAACUUGAAGGACCGUAUGAUGGAGCAGUGCAGAUCACAACAGAUUAUGAGAUUUUAACUAUUCAAGUAAAGGCACUUAUUGCUGUAGGCUCCUUGGUUUGUUCACCAAAGCAUGUUGUUCUUCCAGGCUCAUUUCCAGGGAAAGUAGUUCAUCAUAGUUUAAAUAUAAUGAGUUCCUUCUCACAGAAGGUGAAACUACAAAAUAUACGCCCUCUAACAGAGGAUGUGCGAUUCUACUACAAGAAAAUGAAAAAUAACAAGGAUGAUUUAGAAUCAAAAAAGAAAUCCAAGAUAGCAAAUAUUUAUUUUGACGCUAGCUUACAGUGUGGGGAUUAUUGUUAUGUGGGAUUGCCUUUUUUAUCGAAAUCGGAGUUAAGAUUGCAGCAUAAUCUCGCAAUGCAAGAUGAUGCAUGGGAUGCAGACUGGGAUCUGUAUAAGAAUUUGUACAAAAAAUGGACAGAACUUAAAGAAAACUCAGGGCACAAGGUUGAUGUUGUCUUUGAAGUAGAUACAGACCUACAGAAAAAUGUUCAAGCCGUAGUAACAUCAGAGCUUAUGUGGCCAUCAUUGAUCAAUACAACACGAGAUUUAAUUUUUCCACUCACAAACACAAAUAGCACAUCAGAAAAAGAACUAAUUUUAGAAAAUCCAGCAGAUGUACCUGUGUUUGUCCAAUUACUUCCUUUAGCAUUGUAUCCCACUCCGUCACUUGUUGCAGAUGUGUUAAUGGAAAGGCUUCACUUGGGCAAACAUCCAAAUCUGGACACACAAACCUUUGAAUUUAAAAUUAUCAGCAACCGUACAUCAUCCAUCAAAACUACUUCAGGAUUUGUGGAAGGUUAUGCACGACAGUCUGUGCUAAAUAUAAUUCUGAGAUCUGGUGAAAAAAGAUCUGUGACUGUGAAGUUUACUCCAAUUCACAACAGAACUGUGAUGUCCUUAAUUAUUGUAAGAAACAAUCUGACAGUAGUGGAUGCAGUUAUGGUACAAGGGCAGGGAACGACUGAGAGCCUGAAGGUAGCAGGGAAGCAUCCCGGUCCUGGAAGUUCAUUACGUUUCAAAAUUAAUGAAGCUUUGCUUAAAGACUGUUCAGAUAAAAUGAAAAUGAAAGAGCCAAACUUCACAUUGAAGAGAGUUUUUAAAGUAGAAAAUACAGGACAACUUCCGGUUCUUGUCAAGUCUAUGGAAAUUAGUGGAUACAUCUGUGAAGGAUAUGGCUUCAAAGUUGUGAACUGUCAAGAGUUUGCACUAAAACCGAAUGCCUCUAAAGACAUUAUUAUAUUGUUUACACCAGAUUUCACUGCCUCUAGAGUUAUCCGUGAACUAAGAUUUAUCACAGCAGGAGGCUCCCAAUUUGUUUUCAUAUUAAAUGCAUCACUUCCUUAUCAUAUGUUGGCAACAUGUGCAGAGGCCCUACCUAGACCUAACUGGGAGCUGGGACUGUAUGUGAUCAUCUCAGGAAUAAUGAGUGUUUUGUUCCUUUUGGUGAUUGGAACAGCUUAUUUAGAAGCUCAAGGAAUAUGGGGGCCCUUCAGAAGGCGUCUGUCUUUGGAGGGGUCCAGUCCUCCCCUCGACAUGGGUAGGACAUUUGAUCUCAGGAGAAUAGUUGGUAUUUCAUCAGAUGGAAAUUUAAAUGCACUUGGAUCAGAUUCAAAUCACCAUUCUUCAAGAGGAGUAUUUGGAGGAGGUGGUUCUUCAAGACCCAGUGCAGCCAACCACAAGCAGUUCUCUGCUACAUCACAGUUGCACAGUAACAGAAACUCUUUAGAAUUUGAAAAUCCAAAACUAAAAAACAAUUUUGCAAAUAACUCAAAUAGCACUGGUAGAACAUCUACCCCAAACGUAUCCAGUAUAUCUGCUACAAAAGUAAAUGCCAUUGUUUCUGAGGCAAAUCCACCCCAGAGCCAAACAAACAGGCGAGCCAAGACAUCGAGACAGCUUCACCAAACACACCAGCAACAGGCACAAAUACAACCAGAUCUACAGUCGUUAUCACAAUUACCAGCAGUGCCUCAGCAACAGGAGCAGCAUAAUGAGAACACUGUUUCACAUUCAUCACCUCCUGUUACUUCAUGUACAGACAAUGCAAAUACAAGGCACAGCUCAGAGGACUCUGAUAUUACAAGCCUCGGAGAUACAGUGGACAGAGAUUGUGAAUUACCUGAAUCCCCAACAUUAGAUGUCUUUACAGAACAGCCUCCAUCUCCAGCAUCAAAAACUAAAGGGAGAGUAAAAUUACAGCGCAAAGCUAAAGCACAGAAAAAACGUGAAGAGAAGGAUAGAGAUAAACGGGUAAAAGGGAAACCACAGGAGGAUGAGUUAAAAGAUGCAGAUAAUGAUGACAGCUCUUCCACCACCACUGAAACAUCUAAUCCAGAUGUCGAAUCACCCCUCAAGGAGUCUCCAGAUUCAGAUAAGAAAAAAGGGAAAACAGUAUUGUCUAUCAAAGAGAAAGAUGAUGCAGAUAUGUUCCAUCUCUUAAAACCUAAAGGAAAGAAACUCCUAGGAAAUGUCAAAAAGGAAACCCAAAAUGACAUUAAGUCAAGUUCGCUGGAAUUGCCAUAUACUACACCAUUAGAGAACAAACAACGCAAACCCUUUCCUGCCAAAAUAGUAUCGUCAACCUUGACAAAUUGCCCAAAACUAAGGAACCUGCCAAAGAGAGUGCCUGGUAAAUUAGUAGAUGGAAGACCCUCUCCACUGGUAAAAUUCCUUUCAAGUGGCUCUGGUCAGGAAAUGGGAAACAGUAGCAGCUCAGAGGGCGAGAAGGACUCUCCUCCACCUGAGUGGGAUAUUGCACCUAUACCGAAAUCUAGUAGCAGUUCGGACAGCCUUCAGCAGCUUUCCAUUCAGACUCUUCAUGCCGAUGUCUUCUUGAAGAGACAAAGCUCAUCUAUGCCCACGCCACCAUCACCACCACCUGGAGCAUCUCCCAACUUGAUUUUUCGUGCUCCCAGUUACAGUAGCAUUGUCAACAAUAGUGAUGCUGGUAUUAAACCAAUGAAUGGCAGCAAAUCAAAAAUUGUAAAAUCAACGUCUCUCCCUGGGAAAAAUGGCAACCCUACCUUUGCUGCUGUGGCUGCAGGCUAUGACAAGAGUCCAGGCAGCAGUGGUUCGAUGAAAGCACCUUUAAACAAAGCGGAAGCCUGUGGCAGCAUUCCUACUCCUUUGUGUAAUAGUGUGGCUUCUUUUGACAGUGAUGAGUCAGACACCAGCUCCAGUUUGUUGAGUCCAUGCAAUGUCAGCGCCACCAGCACUUCUGAGUUUGCUCCUCCAAACUCAUUUUCAGCCUUUGGACCUAGUAACUCCUUCAAUCUUACUGGAGAAGUCUUCAGCCCUCAUGUACUGUCAAGAGCAACCUUUAACCAUCAGGAAGUUGCCCAGAAUUGGCCAGAUUACGGUUCUGCUUCAUCUACAUCCCUUUGGGAAACCACCUCACCUGAUGCUCGAAAUACCUGGCCGUCCAACACUGUUUCUCCAACUCAUUCAACUUCGUCAAUCCUUUUGGGUAAUUCCACCAGCAGCCUUUGGUCGACCACUCCUUUCAGCAAUCCAAUAUGGUCCACUAGUCGCGAUAGCAGCCUUCCUUUCUCCACUCCAGCAAGCAGCAAUACAAUGGCAAACGUUGACCUUAUAGGAGGAGAAAACACAGCCUCUGGCCUAAUUGAAGACCUUGGACGGAUGUUUGAUCCAUGGAAGAAUCUUGACAAUAUUUGGAGACCUACUCCAGGGCGACGAAGCUCUGAUCCCUGGUCAAAUAAUUCAAAUUUUCCUCACGAGAACUAAUCUACAGGUGUCUACAGCUGUUGGUGAUGCACAGAACCUGAUUACAAAUACAGUAUGACACCACAUAGAGUGAAAUAUUGAUCAAGCUGAGCCUGUAGUCCAGAAAUCUUUUUCACUCCUAUUUCUUUGUGCAACUUCAGCUGUUUAGUUGGAGUUGCACAAGGAAAUUUGGGAGCAAAUGUUCCUGGUGAAGGGAUCCAGUUCUCAGCCAUAUCUAAUCACCAUUUUUGCUUCUUGCCACACGAUUAUGAUUCAUAUCUGCUAUAAACAGUUCCUCAACCCUGACUGUAAUUAUGGUUUGUAUGAAAUUUCUGUUACAGUUGUAACAGAGGCUUUGUUCAUUAUCUAUUCAAGUUUAAAAAAAAUCACUGAAGUAUUUGGUCAUCUUCCUCUGUUCAGUGAAAUGCAUCUUAAAUUUAUUUUCAGUUUGGAAAAUAAAAGGGAACAAGACAUAAAAAUUUUAUGCGGAUCCCUUUGUAUAACAUCCAUAUAAAAGCAUUGUGAUGUGUUUUUAAGAAAAUGGAGAAAGGUUUUUCUCCCAGUAUUAAGUUCAAGUUCCUCUGUUUUUGUGAGAAGAAUUAAUGGAACCCUUUGUUUUUAAAAUGCAAAGUGGGUGUUUUAGACAUGGGAAUGAGUUGGUAAAACAAUAGGUUAUAAUUAUGUAUCCAUCAUUUUGGCUUUCAUUUGUAUUUAAAAGGGCAUCAAAAAUCAAGAUUAUGGCAAAGUAUAAUGAGGAAGAACGCUGUAAUCACAGUUCCUUUUGGUUUUCCUUUUCCAUUGUCAUAAGUGCUCCACACUGUGCGCUGAUGGCUGGUAACUCCAGCUGAAGUGCGCAGACCUAAAGUUUAUGGAGGCAAAAAAUCCCCCUUUUGUGUUCUUUGAUUGAAACACAAUUCUCUUGGUUGUAUUUUUUGAGAUAAAUAAAGUUUUUCAGAAACUGA